GUAAUAAGUAAAAUACGUAACGAGCGAGUGUAGCCUAACAAAAUUAUUAUAUCGACACAUCGGGUUUCCCGAGUGUGCUGAAAGUACGUUUAUUUUUUUUUUUUUUUAAUGGACGUUUUCCCCGACUCAUUAUGGUAUUUCGUCUGAUUGGGCAAGUGGUAGUUUUUAUUUUUUACGGACUUCUAGUAGUAGAGUGUGAUGUAAUUAUUCGAAAUCAAGACAUCUGUGGUGUCCAUAACGGGCGUCGGGUGUACCUGGAGCUCGGGGAACAGGGAAUAGUUUACGCUAAAAAUGUGUCAUCCGUUAAAAAUUUGCCAAGACAACAGCAACCAGGUUCGCGAUUGUACGCAACAAACAGUUCUCACGAGCAAUGCAGCUUGGAGCUCGUGACCUGUCCGUCCUGUGCCAUCACCGUGACGUUCAAGAGCCUGGCCUUGCCUCAUUCCUGCGGUGACAGUGGCAUGAUGAUGGACAGUCCGUGCAGGUGCGACUAUGUCUGGAUCUCAGAGCCACCUUACGAAGAUAUCUCAGGAACACCGUACUGCGGAUUGUAUGCACCGAUCACUUAUAGAUCCAGCACUCGAACUGUUUCCAUUACUCUGCUAUAUAGUCAGUCACAUAAUCACGCUUUCACAAUUGAAUAUGUCUCAGAGAGAAAUAGAGUUAAUUUAAAGGGCUGGGAUCCUACGGUUACUAAAGGAUUUAAUGGAACUGUUGGUGGUAUUCUUACGUCUCCAUUUUUUCCUGCUAGAUAUCCAAGAGAUUUAGGAAUGGAGUACGUAAUUACUUGCCCAACUGAAGCACCCUUUUGCCGGGUCCGAGUACUUUUUAGUGACUUUCAAUUGGCAACUGUUUCUAUCAUCGAGUUUUACGAUUGGAAUGGACAAAGAUUGGACGUUAGCAGUGGCGCGAGAUUCCGACCACCGAUAAUUGUAAGCUCUGGACCGUCAUUGCUGAUAAGAUUCUACGCUAACGGAGGAACUGGUCUUGGUUACAAGGCUUUCUAUUCUUAUGUAAUUGGACAUAGAUAUGACAAAGCCAUUCAGCCAAUUACUGAUUGCGGCGGAUAUGUGGAAAACUUGGGUGGCACUAUUACGAUGAUUGAUAUGGUAACUGAAGGAGUAAAGACUUAUGACUGCGUUUGGCUUAUCAGGCCCCCAAAGAAUUUUCUUCACAUGAAAACACACAUGUAUCUCAAAGUCAUCACAUUCGCAGACAUGGCUGGAAAUACCGAAUUGAUAAUUAGACAAGGUCCGACAUCAGCAUUGCUGCCGUUGGAAAUACUGAGGCACCCAGCAAGUCAACUUCUACCUCCGAGAAUGAGGGAACAUAUUACUCCAAUAGUCAAUGGGUUCCAUGUCAGCUUACGAGGAACGUUUGGCGCUAACUCUAGAGUUGCGAUCGCUUACGCAGCUUUUGGUUACAUGGACUGUUUUUCUGGAUCUGAUUUUCUAUGUCAGAAUCAUAGAUGUAUUCAGAGUCAAUUGAACUGCGAUGGAUUUGAUCAUUGUGGUGACAAUAGUGAUGAGCCAACAACUUGUCUGAGAGAUUGGGGAAUAGAACCGCGAGACGGAAAAUGGCAUAUGAAUAAAGCAAAUUACUAUUUCCCUAAAAUAGAUCGUUAUCCAGAUUUAAAAACUGCUACACUAGUAUUUGUAGCCAGUAGUUUAGGAUUAAUAAUCCUAAUUUCCGCACUGAUUGUUUUGCUGUACCGAAUGGGCGCACGGUCGCGUCAGCAACGAGAACUUCAGUCACGUCUGCAGACAAUCAGCGAACUAUUAGAUCGGACAGUCUUCGAUAUUGCAGAUGGCGCCCGGAUCGACGAGGUCGCUGUUCACGACGAACCGCCUGUUUACGAAGCGCCGCCGGGUUACGACGAAGUCAUUAAAGUUGGCUUUGAGAACGAAGGGGUUAAAUGCAAAAAAAUACGUAACUUUUUGUGGGGGUCAAGAAGCAGGAGCUCCCCUCAAUGCUCGCAAGAAUUACCUACAUCAUCAAGUUUGGUCGUAGACCUCGCAGGAGCGAGUAGAAAUCGUGAAACAAUACCAACAACAACCACGACAGUGGCACCAACUAUUACGACAGUUAAUCCCGUUGAGAGAAUCCCUGAAAGUCCACCUCCACCUUAUGUCACACCUCCUGGAAGUGUUCUAGAUAAUUACAGAAUAUGUCUAUCACGACAUAAUGUCACUCACACUUCAGUACCACUAAGCGUCCGAGGUGACCAUACGCGUCGAGCCUGGAACCGAGCUACUGAAUUACGUCGUUCACUACCAGAUCCAGACGAAGUGGCGGCAUUCCAACCUGAUGGAUCUAUUGACUACGAGGCACUUGGUGCGUAUCUUCGGAAUUACGCUCCUCGAGGGAAUGCCUCUGUUGAACCGUUUGAUUCACAGCCGAGGAGCUUGCCAGAUGUUGGUCUAAUCACGAGGCCAAAAUCCAACGGAGACUUCGCAGAGCGAGGGGACGAGGAUGCGGACAGAGGCGGGGACGGGGACGUGGAGGACGAAGUAGAAGCAACUAGCUACGACAGUCGUUGUACCAGUCUCAGUCGUAGCAGUGACAGUACCCAAUUACAUGGAUGUUCUUGUCAAGGAGCUUGCGGAUGCGCAAAUGACCACAACACAGUUGGAUCAGAAACCAAACAAAGGAGAGAUGAUAAAAAUAUUAAAGCUAAACGUACUAUUAUGAAACUACUGAAGUCUACAUCAACUUCACAGACAUCGACGAGCGUGCCAGAAGCUAGUGGACCCGAGCCGUCUACUGAAGAGUUUGAAGGCUGCAGAAGACCUUCAAUUUGUUCUGGAGACACUUACUUGUCUCUAGGGACAAUGUUUAGCACUUGUAGCAGUCCUUAUGAAUUAGAAGAACACGAUUUCACGUCAGAAACGAAUAGUAUUAUGGAAAAUAUGAGUAUACUUUCUAAAACACCAUCUCGCACGCCCGUAAGAGCUACGAGAAUCACCAUAAAUACCACGAGUGACUUUAGAUUUAAAACACGCAAGUAUGUACGUAAAUAUGCGAGUUGUGAUACUGACAGCUUUUUUGAGAGUGUCAAGGCCUUGGAUGCUUUUUUGGAAAGACGUAAUACCACAGUCGUGCAACCGAGAAACACGUCUACGGUUGCUACACUCUUUGGCACGCCGGGACAUCAUCGACGCAGAGCUUUACGAUCUCAUGGUAACCAAAAUGGAAUUUUUAAUUGCGUGCGCGGAUGGAAAUCCAGUGAUGACACUCGUUCUAAUUGACUUUUUAAAUAUUUAUUUAAUCGAUGGCUUUAUUGUUUUAACUUCAACUGAGAGGAAAAAGUAAAAUUUAUUUUUUGUUUCGAAAAAAUCUAUUACUAUUAUUUAUUUUUUGUUUAAUUUCAAUAAUUACUAAUAAAAUAUGAAUUUAUCCCACUAUUAUUGAGAAACAAAUUCAAAUAGACUCUACUGUACCUCGAAGAAAUAAAAUUAUAGUUUAUUUU